AUGCCCAGAGGAAAGAAGAGUAAGGCCCGUGCUCGUGAGAAGCGUCGAGAGGUCCAGGAAGAAGCCCAGAGGCUCAAGGAUGCUGAAGCCAAGGCAGCAGAGAAAGGAGAGUCAGCCUCCUGCUCUGAUCAUGAUUCUGGAGAUGCUGUUGCUAGCAGCUCUACUGCUGGCUUCCCUCAGGGCAAGGCACCUACCACCUCUGCUGGUAAAGGCAUGGCCCACAAAAGGUCUGGUAAAGGUGCAAAGGGCCAAGAAGCGAAAAAUGGUAGUUCUUGUAGGUCCCUGCUCUCCUCUGGAAGCAAACACAUGGAUCUUCUAUCAAAGAAGACGGGACUGUUGGUAGAGUACAUGCUCUGCAAGUACAAAAUUAAGCAGCCUGCAAGGAGGGGAGAAAUGCUCAAAGUCAUCAACAAAAGGUUCAAGAACCACUUCCCUGAUAUCUUCAAGAAAGCCUCCCAUCGAUUGGAUAUGGUUUUUGGCAUUGAGUUGAAAGAAGUCCAGCCCCAUGGUCAAACCUACACUCUUGUCAGUAAGCUAGAUUUCCAGGAUGAUGGAAGUGAGAGUAAUGAGAUGGGUGUUCCCAAUAGGGGCAUUCUGAUCCCUCUCCUAAGUGUGAUCUACUUAAAUGGUUACUGUGCCCCAGAGAAGGAGGUCUGGAAGUUCCUGAAUAUGUUAGGAGUCUAUGAUGAGGUCCCACACCUCAUCUUUGGGAAUGUCAGGAAGCUCAUCACUGAAGAUCUAGUGCAGGAAAUGUACCUAGAAUACCGUCAGGUUCCUGAUAGUGACCCUCCCUCCUAUGAGUUCCUAUGGGGCCCGAGAGCCUAUGUUGAAUCCAGCAAGAGAAGAGUGCUGGACUUUUUAGUUAAGAUCAGUGAAACCAUGCCCAGUGCUUACUCAUCUAAUUAUGAACAGGCUUUGAUUGAGGAAGAAGAGAAAGCCCAAGCUGAAGCUGCAGCCAAGGCUGGCACGAAGCGCAAAGCCAAGAGACAUUCUAAGUCCAAGUUGAGCAAUCCUACUGGCAAGUGA